UCAUGAAUAAUUCAUUAAGAGGUUGUGCAGUUGUUCAGCUCCGCCUUCUUGCAUGGUCCUUGUCUCCUUGCUUGUCAGCCAUAAUGGUAAACGUACCCAAAACCAGGAAGACCUUUUGCAAGAUCUGCAAACACCAUCAAACCUUUAAAGUAACCCAGUAUAAAGCUGGAAAAGCUAAGCUCUACGUACAAGGUAAGAGAAGAUACGAUCGCAAGCAAAGAGGAUACGGUGGUCAAACUAAGCCAGUUUUUAGGAAAAAGGCCAAGACCACUAAGAAAGUUGUUUUAAGGAUGGAAUGUACGACGUGUAAAAAGAAGACUCAAGUUCCUUUGAAAAGAUGUAAACAUUUUGAAUUAGGCGGAGACAAGAAGAGAAAGGGACAAAUGAUUCAGUUUUAAGUUAUUCUACAUUUGUUAUUAUGUUAACGAUAAUAAUAACUAAUUGUAAUGUGGUUGUAUGGGGGUUGUCUAGAAAACUAGGAUACAUAACAUUA